AUGACACAGAAAGGUCGUAAAGAGUCCCCUUCUGACUCGAAUCGACAGACAAACACGCCUAAAGCCUGGUCAGGCUCGAACCCCAUCACACAACGCUCUUCCACUCCAAACCAAGCAAAGGCAAGCUCUGCACAGACCAGAAAUGUACCGACUGUGAAGAUGCCUUCAACAAAAGAUGUACAGACAGACAAGCAUAAUUCUGACAGACUGCGAUUUCUAUUUGGCGGCUCAGUUGGUCUGCAAGUGGUUCUGAUCACGAAAUCGGGCGACAAAUAUGAAGGUGUUUUCGCCGGAUAUGCUGGUGCCCCUGCUGCCUCAAAGAUCACACUGAAAAUGACCAAGAAGGUCAUCAACAACCCUAUCACUCAACCGAAUGGAAUCAGCUCAUGGGAAGCGGCCUUUGUUGGCUCGAGUCCCGACUACGCUAUGGCAUUUGAUCUGCAGGAUAUGGCUGAUAUGACCAUACCUGAGUUCAGCCUACCAGAAACAUCGCGACAAAUUAAUGGUGCUUCCUCUUCCUUCCAGACAGACGCUGAUAUCUCUGGAAACGUGAAUCGAAGCGAACGAGUUCUGCAGAAAUGGGUGCCCGAUGUCGCCGACACGACAGACUUCUCCCUUGAGUCCGGCAGCGCCGCAGGAUGGGAUCAGUUUGCAACACAUGCCAAGAUGACGGGAGGACAAAGCACGUAUCACGAGGAGGCUUAUACCACCACAAUAGAUCGCUCUGCACCAGACUUUAAGAAGAGGGAGGCUGAGGCUGCAAGACUCGCGCGUGAGAUUGAGUCGCAAGUAUCUUCGAACACGCAUGUGCGAGAAGAGAGGGGCCAAGCACUUGAGCAGGAUCAGGGCGACGAGGAGGAUAAAUACAGUGGUGUUCGUCGAGACUAUCUGCCCCUUCCCACUACGAACACCAACAGAUACACUCCGCCAGCUUUACGUGCGCCUAGUGCGAAGCCAGCAGCGUCGGGUGUUCCUGUCGAUCCCGCCAUCAUCUCAUCUCAGGUCGCCCGACCAGAUAUCUCACGUUCUUCCGGCUCUCAGCAGUCCGUGCCCCUCAAGAGCGAUACUCCUUCUGCCGAAAACCUGAUACCACCAGCAGCAGUCCUUCUCGUGGCCCAAACGGCCGGCGAUGAAGCUGCAGUGAAGGAACAGGCUCUUGACCUCUCAAGAUCGCCUGCGAAUGGAGUCACUCCUAAAGCAUCACAACAGCAAAAGCUGGCUUCACCUUCCCCGGAGCAUGCCCAAAAUCCAGCACUUGCUUCACAGGGAGUAGAGAAGAAGGUGCUCGGCGAAUUUAAGCAGUUUGCUGAUGUUGAACGUGCUCGCGUUGCGGAGAAGAAGCGCAUGCAAACCAAACACGAUCGCGAUGCCAAAAUCAACGAACUGCGACAAUUUGCCAAGCGCUUCAAACUCAAAACUCCUAUUCCUGACGACCUGGUCGGCAUUUUGGCUAAGGACCCAAAGAAGCAGGAAGCUAUCAUGGACAAAGCUCAACGCGAUCACGAGGACGCAAAAUCAGUCGUCACACCUCUUCCUAUCCCACAAUCUACCAGCACUCAACUGCCAGCAGUUCCCAAGUUUGACAAGUCACAGAUUCCACCUCCGAUUCCCGAGCGUAAUGCUUUCAAUGCUGGUCGAGGUUCGUAUGCAAAGUCCUCGAUAGGCAGGGGCGCACGCCCACUCGGUCAGCAAUUACCUUUCGGUGGCACAGGCGUACCAGUCGCUCCUCGUGGACAGGGUCAAAAGAACGGCCAGAUUCCAGCUCCGAUCCCUCUACCAGAACUGAGGAGCCAUCAGAGCACAGCCGGUAGUUCAGCACUCUCGAGCCCACGAGGCACCGAUACACCUACUUCGGCUGUAUCCACAAAGUUCAACGUUCGCGCUCUCGAAUUUCGACCAACAGCACCUUCUUUCAAUCCGUCAAGUGCUUCCGUCUCUGCAGCUAGUCCCUCGCCGAUCAAGAGAGUCGCUUCGAUAGCACGUACAGCAAGUCCUUCAUCUUUUUUCGGUCAGCACAAACCAGGGAGGUCGUCCGAGCGACUCAACUUGAUGCAAGCAUUCAACCCGAUCAGUCGUAUGAAGCAAGAAGUCAAGGCUAAGCUGGCUGAGAACACCGAGGACAAGCGUGACUUUGCAUCGAACGGAGGCAUACCGAAUGCGUUCCACACCAACCCGGUCUGGGUCGUCCCUGACGAGAACAAAGAUAAGACGCAUGAGGACUUCUUCAACAAAGAGGUGCCUACUGCCUCUCCUCUUGCAAACCGUACCCCAUCCCACCAUACAAUCCCCUUUCAAGGACAGAUGCAGCAACUAGGAGGUGUACCACAUAUUCCUCAGGCUGUCACACCACAGCAUGGUCACCAUGUAGGCCAGCACUAUCCACCACAUUUUGAUGAUCAGCGUAUGCAUCUACAGAACGGGUCGCCUUCAAUGUAUACUUCCCCCAACAUGACGCCUCGUGGCGCAUAUGCUUCACCUAUGAGUCACCCGACUCAGACAGCUUAUGGCCCCCAACCAUACUUCGUCAACGGACCGAUGCCUAUGCGGCCAUAUGGCAACAACGCAGCCAUGAUGCAUGGUCAGCACGGACAAAUGGUUGCUCCAAUGAUGUCUGCUCAGCAUUCGAGCAAUGGAUACAUGACUAUGCCGAACCAGAUGAAUAUGGUCUACCCAUCGCCUCGUAUCCACCACGCCUAUCCUCAGCAACAGAACGGAUAUCCUAGUCCAGGUCCUAUGGCUCCUGUGAUGAUGCAACAGAAUUCGCAACAAGGGUAUCCUGCCGGCCAGAUGAUGUUUUCAACACCUGGUCACGCCGGAAAUAUGUACGGUCAGCAGCCAUCUAUGGGUAGAGGCUAUGGUGGUAACACUCCGUAUGGAUCUAGCCCACAUCAGCCACACUAUCUCAACCAGCGCGCGUUGAGUCAAGGAUAUCAGAAAGGUGUCCCACAGAUGAGUGGUGGGGCCCCGAACAACGCUCCCCAACAACCUUCUGCAUUCGGCCAGAUGCCUGUUGCAGAUGAGGCCUGA